AUGAAUUUUGACUCUGGGAGGAUUCGAACCCGCGGCGGUCGCCCGCCCCUGAGCAAGGUGUGACGCGGGUUUAGUCCCACAUCGGUUGUGCGCGGAUUAUUCGGGCGAAUAUAUAGUAAAGUUAGCUUUCUAGGCAAAGUCCUCUUGCGUGUACGACCACUCCUUGCCCCACAGCCGGCUGGCCACCGGUGACGUGGAAGGGGAGUGGCGCACACGUGCCCCUAUCGAUCCAAGCAAGCCGCUCGAACCCCUGCUCGCGGCUACUCCCCGACUACGCUUCCGACCCGCUUGCGGGCCCGGCUGGCCGGCGGGUCCCCCCAUUUUGCAAUAUUUUUAUUUUUAUUUCUUGUUCUUCAUUUAUCUCAAAACUAAGACUGUAAAAAUCGUAUAAAAUCACAUAAUUACCCAAAAAUUCAUGUUAAUCAACUGAAAACCACUUUUCAUGCUUUAACACAAAUAUAAGUCUAUUUAUCAUGAGUUAAGGCUAAAACUAUAUUAUUUACUAAUUAUUAACUCAUGAUAAUGAAGACUUAUCACACCCCCCAACUUAAAUCAUUGCUAGUCCCUUAGCAAUGGAAUUACGAAAAUAAAAAUUUACAAAUCUCAAACAUCAUAUUUCAAUACAGAAAAGAAAUACAAUUAGAAAUGAUGCACCUUUAAACACUUUGGAUUCUUAUAUCAAGUAUUUAAGAAUGAUGUCAAGCACUUAAAUGUUUAAACACUCCUUGGAAUAACAAUCUAGACUUCACUUCUUCUAUUCACAUCUUUAUCACUUCUUCACUCAUAGAUGUAUUUACAAGAUGUUCCAAUUAUCAAUACUCAUCUAAGAAUAAUAUUGAUCUUACAUUUCCCUUUUUCUAUGACUUGAUUUUUGAAGUUUGCACUAUAUUUCUUCCUUCUUUUUUUUUUUUAUAUAUAUAGUGGAUAAGUAGCUUUUCCUGUAGACAAAUUUCGACAAUAAGAAUGAUGUCUCACACCCUCCAUGUGUACUCUUCAUUUUCAGGGCUUUCACUUUAUCCACUUAUUUUUCAGCAAGUGUUUUUCUAUGCACGAUUUUCGACAAUGAGAAUGAUGUCUUACACCCUCCAUGUGUACUCUUCGUUUCUAGAUUUUUCACAUUGCUCUCUUUUUUUUUUUUUUUGAAAUAAGUGAUUUCUCCUCACAAGUCCUAUAGAUCAGGGUGCAAAAAUCUCCAUUAAACUCAAAUGAUCAAUCAAAUUUUCACAUCAAGUAAAUAUUAUCCAUCAAGAUCAUGAAGUGAAAAUCUGUAAAAUCAAAUCCGUGUUAUCUAUCAUGUAUCCAAGGAGUAUUCCAACAUUUCAUGCUACUAGAUCAUUCUUUUGACUCAAUAAUAAUCUUCCUAGUAUCUUUUGGUAUCAAUCAAUCUAAUUGAUUUAAUUUUUCAUGCAUGCAAUAUGAUGUAAGGAAUUUGUAAAUUAGAUAGUUCUGACAGUUCUGUUUUCUGUUUUCAGUUCUAUUUUAGCAGCAAUAAAUUUGUCAAAAAUAAAUCAAAACUAUCUUCUUUAUAGCUGUAAUUUCGAAUUUCAGUAAUAUAUGUCUAGGGGAUUGAAAUGUGAGAAAAGGGUCUCUAUAAUUUCAAAUUUCGGGUUGUUUUUUCAUCUGCUGUUUUUGACAGUCUAUUGUUCCUGACAGAAAACCAGAAAAUAGAUGUUGCAGUUUUUCCGAAUUCGGUGAUUUUUUUUAUUUUUUUUUUAGUUGCUGUUCUAAGUUGAAUAAAAUGCAAACACAUGUUCUUAAUCGUCCUACAGCAUAAAUUAAUAAUGAAUACUUCCCCCCCGACUUAAAAAUGACAUUGUCCUCAAUGACACAAAAAAAAAAUCGAAACAGAAUAUGCAGAAAAUAUAAUUUUCAAGUUAAGCAUUAAAAAUAUUGUCAUAAAUGAUAAAGCUCAGAAAGACAUCACCUCAACCUCGUUUUUAAUUUUCCACUUCAUCUUACACACCUCCUCCUGCACUUCUUCGAAAAAAAACAAAUACAGAAACAAGUACUGCGAAAUUCUAAGAAAAAUAGAGCUUAAAAAAAAUCAAACAGAAUGAAAUAAAAACCAUGGGUUGCCUCCCAUGCAGCGCUGAAUUUAAUGUCUCCAGCUGGACUCCUUGAUCUUACUCUUGAAUUUCUUUUAAUAAUAAAAUUUCUUUUUUUGCAAGGCGUUCAUGUUCUAUGUAAUGUUUAAGCCGCUGUCCAUUUACCUUAAAGUUAUGAUCACUUUUAGGAUCUUUAAUCAUUACAGCCCCAUGAUCAUAUGUCUCUUCCACCACAUAAGGCCCUUUCCAUUUUGAUUUUAAUUUUCCUGGGAAUAAUUUCAGCCUAGAAUCAUAUAACCACACUUUUUGUCCAACAUCAAAUUUUUUUCUGCUAAUGUAUUUAUCAUGAAAAGUUUUAGUUUUUUCUUUAUAUAUUCUAUGAUUUUCAUAAGCUUCAUUCCUCAACUCCUCUAGUUCAUGUAACUGAAAAAUUCUAUGCCCACCAGCUGAUUUUUCAUCCAUACAUAAAUUUUUUAUAGCCCAUAAUGCUUAAUGCUCUAUUUCCACAGGAAGAUGACAUGGCUUUCCAAAAAUGAGACGAAAUGGGGACAUACCUAUGGGAUUUUUAUAAGCUGUUCUAUAAGCCCAUAAUGCAUCUUGUAAUUUCGUGGGCCAAUCUUUCCUAUCUGGUCUAACUAUUUUUCUCAAAAUUCUCUAAAUUUCCCUAUUUGCUACUUCAGCUUGCCUAUUUGUUUGGGGAUGAUAUGGAGUGGCUACUCUAUGGUGUACUCCAUUCUUUUUCAACAGUUAUCUGAAAUUUUUAUUUGUAAAAUGUGUUCCUCCAUCACUAAUAAUCACUCUAGGACAUCCAAAUCUCGAAAAAAUAUUUUCCUGCACAAAUUUCAUCACGAUUUUAUGAUCAUUAGUUCUAGUAGGAAUAGCUUCCACCCACUUCGACACAUAAUCAACAGCAAGCAAAAUAUAUUCAUAUUUUUCAGCUGAUGGGAAGUGACCCAUGAAAUCUAUUCCUCAUACAUCAAAAAUUUCGACUACUAACAUGUUACUCAUGGGCAUUUCAUCUUUUUUACUCAUGUUACUUAUAGAUUGGCAUGAAAUACAUGUUCUACUAAAUUCUAUAGAAUUUCUAAUGAUUGUAGGCCAAUAAAAACCACACUGAAAAAUUUUUGCAGCUGUUUUUCGUCUAGAGAAGUGUCCUCCACAGUUAGAUGAAUGGCACAUGUUAAUAAUGCUAUGGUAUUCUUCUUCAAGAACACAUCUCCUUAAAAUUUGAUCAUUGCCCAAGUAAUAUAAAUCAGGAUCAUGCCAAAAAUAAUUUCUAAUCUUAGAAAAGAAAUGAUUUUUUCUGUUCUUAUCCCACUAUUCUGGAGUUUUUCCAGAAACCAGAAAAUUAACAAUAUGUGCAUACCAUGGUGAUGGUUGAUGUUGAGCUGCCAUCAAUUGUUCAUCUAGAAAUGCGUCUUGUAAAGGUGCUGCAUUUAUUCCCGUGUCACUUAAUCUAGAAAGAUGGUCAGCAACAGCAUUCUCGAAACCUUUUUUAUCUUUUAUUUCUAAGUCAAAUUCCUGCAACAAUAAAAUCCAUCUUAAUAAACGUGGCUUUGCAUCUUUCUUAUUUAACAGAUAUUUUAAUGCUGCAUGAUCAGUAUAAAUAAUAAUUUUAGCUCCCAAAAUAUAUGAUCUAAACCUUUCUAACGAAAAUACUACAGCUAACAACUCUUUUUCAGUCGUGGUAUAAUUUAAUUGAGCAUCGGAUAUAGUUUUACUAGCAUAUGAAAUUACUAUGGGUUUUGACUCUUUUGUUUGUCCUAGAACGGCCCCCACUGCAUAAUUCGAUGCAUCACACAUUAUUUCAAAGGGAAGGGACCAAUCAGGAGCUUGUAAAAUGGGUGCCUCAGUAAGUAAUCUUUUUAUUACGGAAAAAGACUCAAAACAUUUCUCAUCAAAAUUAAAAGGCAUAUCUUUAGAUAAUAGCAUGGUGAGAGGUUCAGAAAUCUUCGAAAAAUCUUGAAUAAAUUUUCUGUAAUAACCUGCAUGACCCAAGAAAGAUCUAAUCUGUUUUACUGAAUUUGGAGGUUUCAUUUUAGAUAUAAUAUCAAUUUUUGCUCUAUCCACCUCUAAACCCCUUUUACUCACAAUAUGACCCAACACAACUCCCUCUUUAACCAUAAAAUGUGAUUUCUCCCAACUCAAAACUAAUUUUUUCUCUAUGCAUUUCUCAAGUACAUGCUGUAAAUGAUUUAAGCAUUCAUCAAAUGAUUCGCCAAAAACAGAAAAAUCGUCCAUAAAAAUUUCCAUGCAUUUUCCAAUCAUAUCAGAAAAAAUAGACAGCAUACAUCUUUGAAAUGUGGCUGGAGCAUUACACAGACCAAAAGGCAUGCAUUUAAAAGCAAAAGUACCAAAUGGACAAGUGAAAGUUGUUUUUUCUUGAUCUAAAGGGUUUAUAUAAAUUUGAUUAUAACCAGAGUAUCCAUCCAGAAAACAAAAAAAGUUUUUUCCAGCUAAUUUUUCUAGAAUUUGAUCAGUAAAUGGUAGGGGAAAAUGAUCUUUUCUAGUAACUGAAUUUAAUUUUCUAUAAUCAAUGCAAACUCUCCAACCGGUAGUUAGUCUUGUUUGUAUUUCAUCCCCAUUUUUGUUUUUUAUAACCGUAAUCCCUGAUUUUUUUGGCACUACUUGUGUAGGACUAACCCAUUUGCUAUCUGAAAUAGGAUAAAUAAUAUCAGCAGCCAGCCACUUUAAAAUUUCCUUUUUUACAAUUUCCAUCAUGUUAGGAUUUAAUCUUCGUUGUGGUUCCCUACUAGUUCUAGCCCCCUCCUCUAAAUAUAUACUAUGCAUGCAUACACUCAUAUCAAUGCCCCUUAGAUCGUCCAUUUUCCAGCCCAUAGCUUUCUUAUUUUUUCGAAGUACAUCUAAUAAUUCUUCUUCCUAUUCAUCACUCAAAUCAGCUGCAAUAAUAAUAGGAAAUGAAUUAUUUUCCUCCAAAAACAUAUAUUUUAAACUAGAGGGAAGAGGUUUCAACUCUAAAUUCAGAUGAUCUUCCUCUUUCUUUUCUUCUAAAUUUAUAUUCUCUAUUUCCUCUAAUUCUUUCAGCACAUAGUCAUCAAUAACAUCUGGAUCAUCAAAAUCAUCUAGAAGAUCUAUGGUAUGACAAUCAUAUACUUGGGAUUUCUUAAUAUCAUUUGAUAUCUCAAAAAUUUUAAUUUCUACUGAUUGAUCUCCACAUGAAAUUUUCGCAAUACCUAUGGGAAAAUCAAUAUUCAUCUUUGCUGUAUGCAAAAAUGGUCUCCCUAAGAUGAUUGGUGUAUCAUAAAACUGUCCAUUAAAAUCCAUUUCCAGUACUACGAAAUCAGCUGGAAAUUUACACCCUUUAACUGUCACUAUCACAUUUUCUAAAAUACCUUUAGGAUGUUUUAUGGAUCUAUCAGCAAAUUGUAAGGUAACAGUAGAAGGUUUAAGAUCAGAAAUAUUAAAUUUAUCACAAAUACUUGCAGGUAAUAAAUUAAUGCUAGCACCGGUGUCAAGUAAUGCAUUCUGAAAAAUGAAUCCACCAAUAUCACACGAAAUCAAAGGGGCACCUGUAUCUCUCAAUUUAUAUGGUAAUUGAUUUAAUAAUAAUGCACUAGCAUGCAUAGAUAAUUUUUCUACUCUAGGUGCCCUUUUUGGUGUACACAUUUCUUUCAAAACUCUAGCAUAUUCAGGAAUAUGUUCAAUGGCAGUAAGUAAAGAAAGACUAAUUUGCACAUCUUGUAAAAUUUUCUUUAUUUCUUCAUUGUGUUCCUUUUUCUUUCUUUGUCUAGGCUCUAGAGCUUUAGGAAAUGGAAUGGUUGUCCUCUCUUUCGAAAUUUCCUUGGUAGAAUCUAUAAAAUCCUCUUCUACUCCUAUUUGAUUUUGUUUUGGGUUGUCCACGUUUUCUUUUUCUUCUAAUGUUUGAGGAUAAGGAUCAGCUAAGAUCUUACCACUCCUUAAUACAUUCACUGUCCUAACAUUUUCAUUUCGUGGGUUUUUUCCUAGAUUCAUGCUACUAGACUCCCCUUGCUGAAAUCCUAUUGUUGGGCAGUUCCCUAGAUUUUCUAUGGGCUGACUAGGUAGCUGUCCCUCUUCUCUCUUAUUCCCAAGAGCCUCUAUAAUUUGUUUCUGGUGCAGCAUCAUUUGGUUCAUAGUUUGUUGCAUCAUUUGGCUCAUUUGCUGCAUCAUUUCCAUAGCAUCAAGUUGGAUUUGAGAGGACUGAUUUUUCUGAAAUUUGUUUUCUUGUUUUGGACGAAAUUCAGAGUUUGAAUUGGGUCUAAGUGCUUCUGGAUUUUGAAUAUUAUUUGGGUCUCUCCAUGAAAAACUAUUCCUCCAAUUAGGAUUAUAAGAAUUUGAAAAAGGUUCCUUGUUUCUAUUAAAACCGUGAGCUACUUGCACUUGUUCUUGCAUAGGGUGAAAUGAUUGAUCUAAAUUAUAACAUUGAAAUUCAGAAUAAUCGUUUUCACCAUACAUAGGACAUGUACUAUUCGAAUUAAGUUGAGGGUUAAAAGGCUUUCUAAUAUUGUCAAUAAGUAAAUCAAUUUUUUCUAAUCUUUGAUUAAUCUGAUUAACCUCAUUUCUAAGUUUAGAAUCAUCAUCAUGAUGCAAUUCAUAAAUUCCUCUCUUCUUAUCCCUGUCAUAUAAUUCAAAAGAGGCUUGAUCUCUAGAAUUUUCACUUAAAUUCUCAUAAAGACUGUAAAUCUCAUCAGGAGUUUUCUCCAUAAAAGCUCCUCCACAUAUAGAAUCAACCAUAUUUCUAUGUUGUUCUAAUAAUCCAUCAUAAAAAAUUCUAUUGAGCUGCCACUUGGGUAUAGCAUGAUGAGGACACUUUCUAAGUAAAUCUUUAAAUUUUUCCCAUGUCUCAUGCAAAGUUUCUCCUGGUCUUUGAGAAAAACUCCAUAUAUGUUUUCUCAUAUUUUGAGUUUUUCCUAAGGGAUAAAAUUUUCGAAGAAAGGCCUGUUCUAUAUCUUUCCAAGCUAGUUAAUUCUCUAUCUAAUGUGGAUAGCCAAUGACUAGCUUUGUCCCUAAGUGUAUGAGGGAAUAAUUUCAUCUUAAUAAUUUCCGGUGUAACUUGAGGGAGAUUAACUAAAUCACAGACCAUAUGAAAUUUUUCCAAGUGCUGAUGAGGUUCCUCUAAAGGCAAUCCAUGAAAAUUAGGGAGCAUUUGAAAAAUUCCUAGAUUUAUUUCGAAUUUAACAGUGGGUGCUAAUGGGACUCUAAUAUUGGAUGCUCUUUGAAAUGAAUCAGGGAUAUAAUGAUUUUUCAUGGCCAUAGGAUUGUUCUCAGUUUGACCUGUACUUCCUUCAGGAUCCAUCAAAAUUAAUUUUUCUUUCGGAUUUUUCUUUUUGAAUGAAAUAAUGAAAGGAUUUUCUAGCCUUGGAUGCAAGGAUCUUCUACCAUGCAUAAAAAUAAAUAAAUUCGAGGGAAAAAGUUAGUAACUGUUACCCUCCUUCAGGAUGCUCCAGUCCUUGCCGUGCUUCUUUUCGUUCCCUUUUUCUAAUAAAAAUCGGCAAAAAGAAAAUAAAACAAGAGUUAAGUUAUUAUUUUUAUUUUUUUUAUUUUGUACUCUAAGAGAAAAAUAGAAAAAUACUAAAUAUUAUGCAAUACAUCCCCGGCAACGGCGCCAAAAUUUGACGUGACUCAGUCGUUGUAUAUUAAAUCACGCAAAUCUAAAAUUUAUAAAACUAGAAAAUACGAAUUUCCGGAUAUUUAGAAGUAUUUAUAAAUAAAUAUAUUAAUUAUAAUUUAAUAAAAGUUCCAAAAAUAGCGGUAAUUUCCCAGGUCGAUCACAGGGAUGUAAUAUAAUAUUUUGUAAUUAUUCAGAGUUUUUCUCAAUGAAUACGAUUUUCUAUGAAUUUUAUACUAGGAAAUGAAAAGGAAAUAUAUUUAAAAUUCACAAAAAAAAAGAGGAAAUAAGGGUGUGGACGACAGGAUGACGUCAGCGCCCGGCGAACGCGAAUCGGGCGGAAACAGAGUUCCGCCCGGCGAUUAAAAGCCGGAAGAAUCGUAAUUGAACGAAGUAUAGUUUGGUAAAUUAAAAUCACACAAAGUAUCACUAAAUAAAGCAUAAAUUAAAUUGAAAGCAGGAAACCAGAGUUCCGACGUCGCGACGGCGAUGCGUCGGCGAUGCACCGGAAUCCUGAGCGUUCGGGAGGAUCGUCGUGCAGUGUCCACGGCCUCGAAGGCUCUCCUUGGACAAAGACGACGUGGGCAAUCUCUAGAUCUUCUCGCGAAGUCUAGAGAUCAAUGAAGUGGGUCGUCGAGUCGUCUCCGGCGGCUGUCACCCGGCGGAGCGGAAAAACGGCGACUUUGCGGCUCUCCGGCGGCUGUCACCCGACGGAGAGGAGCUGGAUGGAGGUGGGGCGCGUGUCAGGGAGCUUCAUCCUCAGGUCCGCGCAGCAAGAGGAGGCUCUUCAUCGCAUCUGGUACGCUCUCAGGAGGUGGCGACUGGUCUCCCGGCGGAUCGUCCUCUUCCCGACGAUGGCUUGUUCGUCGAUCAAUCGGAGAUGAUUUACUCGAUGGAUUGCGAUCCUUUUAUCGCGAAUCGUUCAACAAUUUUAGUAGCAAUGCUCCGCGAAUCGCGUUGACGAGAUUUUCGCCGAUGAUCCAGCGAUUCCGGUUGCUUAAUCCUUCACCGGCGAUCUGCAAGAAAGUCGUGAUAAUCAGUUAAAAAUAUAUGAAUUUUGACUCUGGGCGGAUUCGAACCCGCAGCGGUCGCCCGCCCCUGAGCAAGGUGUGACGCGGGUUUAGUCUCACAUCGGUUGUGCGCGGAUUAUUCGGGCGAAUAUAUAGUAAAGUUAGCUUUCUAGGCAAAGUCCUCUCGCGUGUACGACCACUCCUUGCCCCACAGCCGGCUGGCCACCGGUGACGUGGAAGGGGAGUGGCGCACACGUGCCCCUAUCGAUCCAAGCAAGCCGCUCGAACCCCUGCUCGCGGCUACUCCCCGACUACGCUUCCGACCCGCUUGCGGGCCCGGCUGGCCGGCGGGUCCCCCCAUUUUGCAAUAUUUUUAUUUUUAUUUCUUGUUCUUCAUUUAUCUCAAAACUAAGACUAUAAAAAUCGUAUAAAAUCACAUAAUUACCCAAAAAUUCACGUUAAUCAACUGAAAACCACUUUUCAUGCUUUAACACAAAUAUAAGUCUAUUUAUCAUGAGUUAAGGCUAAAACUAUAUUAUUUACUAAUUAUUAACUCAUGAUAAUGAAGACUUAUCAAGGGGCGAUGGGCUGCCUAGGGCAGAUCAAAUCAGAGUUUCCUUUAUAUUUAUAUGAAUAUCACAUUAGGCAUGACCAUUUCCAAAGAUCUUGGAAAUCUCCACUAUAUUUUUAUAUAUAUGGUAUUCCUUAGUAACAUUUGCAUUAUUGGGCUUUAUUGAAAAUUUAUUUGUGGGUAUUUUGAUGAAGGUAUACACCAGAUUCCUCCUCUAUCUCUAUAAGAAUGUUAUCUAUUAUCAUUCUAUUUUAUAUCUGAUAUAUAUCUUAGCAAAGAUCUAUGUAUCUAUGAGAGCAUUGCUGCAGUAUUUCAUUGCCUCAUUAUGAUCAAAAAUCUAUUACUAUGACUACUAGACUUAUUUAUAGUAUGGCAUAGAGACCACAUUGCUAUGUUCUCUAUUACAAUCAGGAUUAGAUAUCUGACUUGUCAAAGUAGUGCACCCAAUUUUAGUGUUACCCUUUUGGAGGAAGCACACCCUCAAAACAGCAAAGAGUGGUUCGUUCAAGAACUAAAUUAGAAUAAAAUGUUCUUCCUAACAACCUCAAAACUAUAGUUCUGUUUCUGUUUCCAUUUUAAAUUCCCUUUUCUGAUAGCGAGUCAAAGGAGAAAUAACUUAGUAACAACUUUUUCACAGCCUCCAUUCUGUAAACAGCAAAUAGACGAUAACUACAAGCUUGAUUUUAAUCAAGCAAACACAAUCUUGGAAUUCAAUCUAUCUCCUACUAAAUUCAUCUUCAUUGAAUAAAAAAUCUAUUUUUUUGGCUAUGACAUCUUACUAUAAUAAGCUAGCUCUUGUAGGGUAACAAGUUAGAGUGAUCCAUCCCGUGGUAAUUUAUUCUUCCCUAAGUUACAUUAUUUUCUUUAAUAAUUUUUUUUAAAGGAUUUUUGGGGAUGUAUGAUUAUAUCUUCACUUAUAAAUGUACUAGAAAUAAUUUCAGCUCUCCCAUUGAGCACAUGA